AGUAGUAGUAGUAGUAGUAGUAGUAGUAGUAGUAGUAGUAGUAGUAGUAGUAGUAGUAGUAGUAGUAGUAGUAGUAGUAGUAGUAGUAGUAGUAGUAGUAGUAGUAGUAGUAGUAGUAGUAGUAGUAGUAGUAGUAGUAGUAGUAGUAGUAGUAGUAGUAGUAGUAGUAGUAGUAGUAGUAGUAGUAGUAGUAGUAGUAGUAGUAGUAGUAGUAGUAGUAGUAGUAGUAGUAGUAGUAGUAGUAGUAGUAGUAGUAGUAGUAGUAGUAGUAGUAGUAGUAGUAGUAGUAGUAGUAGUAGUAGUAGUAGUAGUAGUAGUAGUAGUAGUAGUAGUAGUAGUAGUAGUAGUAGUAGUAGUAGUAGUAGUAGUAGUAGUAGUAGUAGUAGUAGUAGUAGUAGUAGUAGUAGUAGUAGUAGUAGUAGUAGUAGUAGUAGUAGUAGUAGUAGUAGUAGUAGUAGUAGUAGUAGUAGUAGUAGUAGUAGUAGUAGUAGUAGUAGUAGUAGUAGUAGUAGUAGUAGUAGUAGUAGUAGUAGUAGUAGUAGUAGUAGUAGUAGUAGUAGUAGUAGUAGUAGUAGUAGUAGUAGUAGUAGUAGUAGUAGUAGUAGUAGUAGUAGUAGUAGUAGUAGUAGUAGUAGUAGUAGUAGUAGUAGUAGUAGUAGU